AUGAGUAGCGGGAUGCUGAUCUCAUGGCAGACUCUUCUACUUGGAGUCCUUGCUAAUGCUGUCCUGCCGUGGGCAUUGGAAUUGCGCACCGGCAGAAGUUCUUACGACGAGUUCCGCACACAGUAUGGACGCGGCGACUUGGGUGAUGACUAUGAGCUGCGGCUAGGGCUCUUCAACCAGCGCCUCUCCACUGUGCGGCAGAUAAACAGCCAGGAGGGCAGUUGGAAGGCAGAGAUCAACGAAUUCGCAGACUACACGCCGGAGGAAUUUCAAUCUUUGCUCGGUCAUCGACGGCUGCAUCGCGCUAGCACGAACUUCCUCCAGCUGCAGUCGAGUGUGACGCAAACAAGUGUAGGCGCUCUCGGAUGGCCUAGCUUUGGAGACUCACUGCGGAGGAUGGCAGAGCUGCUUGAAAGCAGUUCCGGUACGCUUCCUCCUGGUCUACCUGAGUCUGUCGACUGGCGGAGUCAGCUGAACUCCAGCAGCUUUGUCAAGGAGCAGGGCACCUGCGGAUCUUGCUGGGCUCUUGCGGCCGUCGGGGCUUUAGAAAUGCAUGCAGAGAUCACCAGCAAGCGACUGCCGCGAGAGCUCUCCGUCGAUCAGCUUCUCGAUUGCGUUGCGAAUCCACAACACUGUGGUGGCCUGGGCGGCUGCGACGGCGCCAACUCCGAAUUGGCCUUCGAGUAUGUGCGACAGCACGGUUUGUAUAGCAGCACGUCCUACGACGGCACCAAGAAGGGCGACAGCUGCACAGGCAGAGCGAGCCAUCCAUACGUGCAGCUACAAGGCCUGUGGGAUUUGGAACUUCAGACUCGUUUCGGUGCCACUGUUUGUCUCUGUCUCGCUCUCUUCUCUGUCUCUCGCUCUUCGCGUUUCUGUGUCUUUGUGUCUCUGCGUGCAUAUGUGCGAAUGUGUGUCUGUGAGUGCUUGUGCUUGUGUCUGUGCCCAUCAAAAACUUGGAAUAGGUCCGGGUACCUAUUCCAAGGGUUGUGA